AUGAUAAAUUUACAGAAGUCUUUUGUCCGCUUUAGUGCUAAUACUCCUCAGGACUACAAGGAUUUCCUUUCUUCUACUCUUCAUAUGCAGGCUCGUUCUUCCAUUGGUGAGUAUUUAGGCCUUCCAGUUGAUCUCAGCCGGCGGAAAUGUAAAGAUUUCCAAUUUAUGGUUGAUAGGAUUGCUCAGCGUUUAUCUUCAUUUGCCUCCUUGCAUUUAUCCUCAGCAGCUAAAUUAGUCAUCAUUAACUCUGUUUUGGUGGCUGCUUUUAAUCAUGUUCUCUCGGUUUUUAAGAUUCCUACAACCAUUUGCGACCGGAUAGAUUCUCUGUUGUCCAGAUUUUGGUGGCGUUCUGGUCAAUCAUCGAAGGGUUUGGCUUUAGCUCCUGACUCGAUGUUUUACUUGGUGUUUGAUCCAUCAUCCCAACUCCUGGUUUCGAGGGCGGUUAAAGCGAAAUAUCCUACUUUACUCUCUCCUCGCCCGUACUUGUCGACUGUUCGCUCUUCUUGGGGUAGUAAGGGUUUGUUGGAGGGUGGAUCUGUGAUUCAGAAAGGUCUUUCUUGGAAGAUUGGUUCAGGGAAGCUUUUCCCUCAGUCAAUUGCGUCGGCUAUUUUGGCUUUGGAAUGCCCAAAGCAGGAAAUUGAUGAUUUUAUUUACUGGAAACAUACUAGGGAUGGUUCGUUUUCUACUAAAUCUGCUUAUUCCUGUCUACUUUCUUCCCUGCGUAUGAAUCAUAAUAGCCUUUUGACUAAAGGUUGGUGGAAGCGAUUAUGGGGCUUGCCCAUCCUGCCAAAAUGCAAGGUGUUUACAUGGAAAAUUUGUAAUAAUGCCUUGCCUACGGCGGCUGUUCUUAGCCUUAAAGUUUUUUCUAGUCAGCUUUGGAGCCGGUUGGCUUUGGCUUGUUGUUCCAACACUUCUACAGAUUCUCCAUUUCUUGGUUGGUUUGAAAAUAUUGUCUCUCUUUUGGCUCAUGAUAAGGACUGGAAUCAGUUGGAUGCUUUCUUUAGUUUAUGUUGGGCAAUAUGGAUAGUCAGGAAUAAUGCUCGAUUUAGAUCUGAAGUUUAUUCCCCUCAGUUAGUUCUUGAUUUGGCCUCUUCUUGGCAUGCCCGGAGUAGGGAUGCCCGAGUUUGGGAUCCUGGUACGUUUAGUGCUCCCCCGGGUUUUCCUUUUCGGUCUACGAUCUUUUUUGUUUUAGGGCCUAUGCACCAGGAUUAUGAGGAGAUUCUAUAUGUUGACGGUUCGUGGGACUCCACUUCUUUUACUGCCGGAGCGGGUUGGUGUUUUCGCCGUAUGGACUCUUCUACCUUAGUUGCUGGGGGAGCUAGAGCUUGUACUGCGACUUUUGCGUUCCAUUCUGAGUUACUUGCUUGUUGUUGGGGUCUUCGUCAUGCUAUUCAGCGGGGUAUUUCCAAGUUGUUGAUCUGUACAGACUGCAUUUUAGUCCCACGGCUUAUUGUGGAGCUGGGUUUUAAGGACGUAUCAGUUAUGUGGAUUCGGGAUGAUAUUUGCAGUUUGAUCCCUUCCUUGUCUCUUUGUCACAUUCAAAAGGUUCCUAGAUCAUCAGUUGUUGAGGCUCAUCGGUUGGCUGGUGCUGCGCGACGUCGUCAAAUUAUUUCUUUUGUUUUUUGA